AUGGCGACAUUAAAACACAUUCAUAUGCGCACUGCAACACGUCAAGAUGCACCCAGAGUUGCAGAGAUUCACAUGGCUGCAUUUGGCCACAAUGCCAUGCUCCUUGCUCAGUUUCCAACCCCGUCUAUCCGCCAACGGCUACAGACCUGCAUUGAGGACAAGGCCCUCGCCGAUAUCGAUGACCCAAAUACGACUGUACUUGUGGUGACAAGUUCCGAUUAUCCAGAGAAGAACGUCGAAACUGUCGUCGCCUUUGCUAAGUGGUCGCACCCUGUCCAUACCGGUGAAAAUUAUAACGAGCCGCCCUGGAUAUGGCCAGAUGGUACCGAUCUCGACACUCUGGCAGCUUGGACCGCCAAAGCUACUGAGGCUGAGCGUCGUUCUAUCGGAGAUGCUCCAUUCUAUCGCCUCUCCUUCAUUGGCACUGAUCCUGCCUUCCGUAACCGUGGAGCCGGCCAUUUGUUGGUGCAAUGGGGCAUACAGCAGUCCAAGGCAAGUCGCUCGCCCUUGUACUUAGAGAGCACGGUCGAAGCAGCCGCUUUCUACAACAAAAACGGAUUCACUGCUGGGGAGACAAUAUCUCUAGCUAUACGCGUCGGCGGUGAGGCGGAGGCUCAGAUAUACAAAGAGAUAGUUUUCACAUACCGUCCUGCAUGA